AUGACAGCCAAGAUUGCCUGCAUUGGUGUUAUUGGGAAAGCUGACAACCCUCUCCACAUCUCAUUAUUCCCUCCUUAUACAGAUUCAACUAUCGAAUUCAACUUCUUAUUAAACUCAUGUCUUGAUAUCUUUGACAUUCACCAGAAGCAGACUGCCAUCAGUCAAGACCUGGGCCUAUUACAUGCAGUCGAUGAAAGAUUAGCAGCCUACGGUUGGUUAACAACUACCGGCGUCAAGUUCCUGGUAGUGGUGGAUUUAAUGGGGCAACAAGUGCCUAUUGGCGCAGAAAAGCCCAAAAGUGCCGGUGCUGCCAUAAGCGGAUUGAGAGAUGGCAACCUCAAACCAGUCUUUCACGCUCUGCAAACUGCCUACAUCCAGCUCUUGCAAAACCCAUUCUAUUCCCCUGAUGAUCACCUUCCUCUAGCCAAGAAUGCGGCCGUACCAACCUCAACAUCUCAGGAGAUCACAAAUAAAAAGUUCAUCAGUGAGGUGAAGAGGAUUGGUGACUCCUGGGCUCCCGGCAUGGCUGCAGUUUGA